AUGAAUGCCUGCGUGGAGCCAGAAGACCGGGAGUACUGGAAGAAAUCUUACACUGCUUCCCCAAGCAUGUUGAAGGUGGUGGAAUUACCUGUAGCAUUUGAUGCACACUUCCAUCCCGAUCGCAUCAUCAAGGCUAUGGGCCUGUCCCAGGGAACAUCAUUUGAAUAUGUUUUGGCGGGAACAGCUGUGGAGAGUGGGAAGGAACUUGACCUGGUUGGGUCGUGUGUGUCCUUCUGUUAUCCCUAUACCUAUCCGACCGGGCGGAGUCUUCUUGACCUUCCAGAGGAUAUGGUAGUUGAUGUAGGACUCCACCCCAAACACCAUUUCCGUCACCAGAAAGACGAAGAUGACUCUUUCCGGAAGUUAAAGGAGCUUUCUUGGCUAAGAAGAGUCACUGCAAUAGGUGAGGUGGGUUUGGACCAGACAGAGCCACGAAGGCGCUCGCCAGAACAGAUGGACCUACUGCGGAGGAUAUACUUGCAUUGCUUCUCUGGAGACGAGUAUGUCCUUAGCCAGUGGUCAGCAGAGUUUCCCAACCUGUACCUUGGAUUUACCCGCAUGGUCCAGUCUUUCUCCGGCCCACGGAUUCGUGCCCUGAAAGCAGUUACGGCAGACAAGAUCGUUUGUGGAGACAGAUGCCCCAUAUUUUGUGGGAGCAGGUCAAAUGUUGCUCCGAAUCAGCUAUAUUCAGUGGUGGAGAUAAUUGCUCCAAUUCGACAGAUCCAUGUGAAUGUCCUUCUGAAGACAUCAGCCGAGAAUGCCAGGAGACUAUUCAAUCAACAGUGA